AUGCGCGUCCACGGCCUAUCCCUCACAGCGCUACUGCUGCUGGUCAGCCAGCCAACAUUCGCAGUGAAGAAGGAAGACUUCAAAACAUGCUCCCAGUCCGGCUUCUGCCGCCGCGGCCGCGCCUUAGCCUCCCGCGCGCGCGAAACAGCCGACUGGAGCUCGCCCUACUCGCUCGAUCCAUCCUCGAUCCGGCUGAACGAGAACGACGCAUCAUUUACCGCUGCGAUUAAAUCUGCUUUAUAUCCGGAUGUCAAGUUUGGGCUUGACGUGAGGAUCCAGGAUGAUGGGGUCGUGCGCGUGAGAAUGGACGAGGUGGACGGGCUGAGGAAGCGGUACGACGAGGCUGCCAGGUGGGCGCUUGUCGAGGAGCCGAGCGUGAGCAAGGAGAUCAGGUGGUGGACGGGCCAGAACGAUCUCAAGGCGCAGUACGAGGAUGGGAACGUCGAGGUCGUCGUCGAGUACGCGCCGCUCAGGGUCGUCUUGCACCGCGGAGGCGUCGAGCAGGUCGUCGUCAAUGGCCGCGGCUUGUUGCAUAUGGAGCAUUUCCGCAACAAGGAGCCCGUCAUUGAUCAGGAGGGCGACGAUCAGGAAGUCUUGGCCGUCAGUCCGACCGCCUGGUUCGAAGGCGACGUCCAGGAUGCUUUCUGGGAAGAGUCUUUCUCCAAAUGGACAGACUCAAAGCCCAAGGGUCCCGAGUCUCUAUCCCUCGACAUCGACUUCCCCAAUCACGGUCAUGUAUACGGCAUCCCUCAACACGCCACAUCGCUCUCCCUGCCGACAACCGUAGGCGAAGAUGCAAAAUACGACGAGCCCUACCGGCUCUACAACGCCGACGUCUUUGAGUACCUCGCAGACUCUACAAUGUCACUCUACGGCUCCAUCCCCGUCAUGCAUGCCCACUCCGCCCAAUCGACCGUAGGCGUCUUCCACGUCGUAGGCUCCGAGACCUGGAUCGAUGUCGGCCACCCAUCCGACGAAAGCACACAAACGCACUGGAUCUCCGAGUCCGGUAUCCUCGACCUCUUCAUCCUCCCCGGUCCAACGCCCGCGGACGUAUUCAAGCAGUACGCCCGUCUGACGGGUACAGCGGCGAUGCCGGCCGAAUGGGCUCUCGCGUACCACCAGUGCCGCUGGAACUACGUCUCGAGCGACGAUGUGCGCGGUGUGCAGAAGAGGUUCGACGAAGAGGAUAUUCCCGUCGAUGUAUUCUGGUUGGACAUUGAGUACGCGGAGGAACAUAAGUAUAUGAUUUGGGACCAGAAGACGUUCCCUGAUCCUGUCGAGAUGACGAACGAUGUUGCUGCUGUCGGCCGCAAGAUGGUCGUGAUCGUCGACCCCCACCUCAAGCGCACAGACUCCUACCCCCUCUACACCCAAGCCCGCGACCUCGGCGCCCUCGUCAAGCGCCCAGACGGCAAAGAAGACUUCGAAGGCUGGUGCUGGUCCGGCUCCGCCGCCUGGGUCGACUUCUUCAACCCCCUGUCCUGGGAGUACUGGAAGAAGCUCUUCAACUAUAAGCAGAGUCCCGACGGGAGCUGGAGCUGGACGCAGAGCACGGACGACGUGCAUAUUUGGAACGAUAUGAACGAGCCGAGUAUUUUCAAUGGGCCGGAGAUUACGAUGCAGAAGGAUGCGGUUCAUUAUGGGGGGUGGGAGCACCGCGAUGUGCAUAAUAUCAACGGCAUGCCUUUGGUCAACCUCACAGCGGCGGGCCUCAUCGAGCGCGGCGACAAGCGUCUCCGUCCCUUCGUCCUCACCCGCUCCUUCUACGCCGGCACACAGCGCUACGGCGCAAUGUGGACGGGCGAUAACCUCGGCACCUGGGAGCAUAUGGCCGUAGGCAUCAAAAUGUGUCUGGCGAACAACAUCGCAGGCAUGGUCUUUGCCGGCUCCGACGUCGGAGGCUUCUUCGGCAACCCCGAACCAGAGAUGCUCGUGCGGUGGUACCAAGUAGGCGCCUUCAUGCCCUUCUUCCGCGCCCACGCCCACAUCGACACCAAACGCCGCGAACCGUACCUCCUCCCCGAGCCCUACAAGUCCCAGCUCCGCGACAUCAUCCGCCUGCGCUACUCCCUCCUCCCGGUCUGGUACACGUCCUUCCACGCGAACAUCCUCACCGGUCUGCCCGUCCUGCGCCCGCACUACGUCGUGUUCCCGCACGACCCGCAGGGAUUCGGCAUCGACGACCAGUUUUUCGUCGGCGGGAGCGGGCUGCUUGUUAAGCCCGUUACGACUCCGGGCGUUACGGAGACGACGGUGUAUCUGGCGGAGGACGAGACGUACUACGAUUACUUCAAUUGCCGCGUGUACCGCGGUGCGGUCGGUGGGAAGAACGUGCCCGUUUCGGCGCAGCUGGACGAGCUGCCGCUGUUCAUUCGUGGGGGACAUAUCGUGCCGUCGCGCGACCGGCCUAGGCGUUCGAGUACGCUCAUGAAGCACGAUCCGUUCACGCUUAGGAUCGCGCUGAGCAACGCUGGGUCGGCACGUGGGGAGCUGUACCUCGACGAUGGUGUGACGUUCGAGCAUCAGGAGGGCAAUUUCGUGUGGAGGGAGUUCAAAGCUGCGAAGGGCGACGACAAAUGGAAAACGUUCGCCAUCUCCUCAUCCGACCUCGCCUCGUCCACCCCCUCCUCUUCCUCGUCCGCUCUCACAUCCUACUCCCCCUCAAACGCCUACGCCACCUCGAUCGCCGACGUCAAGAUCGAGAAGAUCGUCGUGCUCGGUCUGCCCGGGUUCCCGCCGCACAGCGUCAAGAUCGGCGAGCGGGAGCUGGAGUUUGCGUUCAAGAUGGGCGUGGACGUCGAGGGGACGAAUAAGGGUGUUGCGAGUGUGCUUACGGUUAAGAAUCCUGGGGUCGGGGUAGGGGAGGAUUGGAGGAUUGAUGUUGUGCCGUUUUAUCCGGAGAAGUAG